CUGCGAUUUCCUGUCCAGUUCCGGAUAUUACAAGAUCAAAAAUUCGGAUGCCUCGAUUGAAAUUGGUGUUAGUGCGGAUGGACAGCAGCAGAUCACUAGCUGUACGGUUGCUUGGUUUGGUGAGCGUCCUGUUGAAGCGCCAAAACUUCGUAAUUACAUUUCACGCAACAGAUGGGGCCAUGUACAUGCAACUUUUACAUCUAUUUUCCAUCUUCUUCCUUCAAAUUUAACAAGGUUUGCUAUUUCUUUAUCCAUUUGUCAGAGCAAUAAUGAAUUGCUUCAGAUUUUUUAG